GUCGAUUAUUCUGGGUUGAUUUCUCUGCCGCGCAACUGCCAUCACACACAUCAGUCGAUCUGAGUCACUGCCCUGAUUCCGGAUCAACCGCCAAGCUGCCGCCUGCACUUCUGCCUUCCUACAAAUACCUGCACCUCCCCCACCUCCACCACUCAACUUCUUUCCCUCAUUCAGCCUCAAUCAUCAUCUCCAUUCAACCAAUUUCAUCAUCAACACCAUCAAUCUUCAUCGAACAAUCCAUCGCUAUGGCUCGUACCAAGCAAACCGCUCGCAAGUCCACUGGUGGCAAGGCCCCAAGAAAGCAGCUCGCCUCCAAGGCCGCUCGCAAGUCUGCACCAUCCACCGGAGGUGUCAAGAAGCCUCACAGAUACAAGCCUGGUACCGUCGCUCUCCGUGAGAUCCGUCGCUACCAGAAGUCCACCGAGCUCUUGAUCAGAAAGCUUCCCUUCCAGCGUCUGGUCCGUGAAAUCGCCCAAGACUUCAAGUCCGACCUUCGCUUCCAGUCCUCUGCCAUCGGCGCUCUUCAAGAGUCCGUUGAGGCCUACCUCGUCUCUCUCUUUGAGGACACCAACCUGUGCGCCAUCCACGCCAAGCGUGUCACCAUCCAGUCCAAGGACAUCCAGCUUGCUCGUCGUCUCCGUGGCGAACGAUCCUAGAUGAUGACAUGACUUCUCAACUUGCCAACAAUACUUCAGUCAUCAUGACUCUUCACACCAUUGGGAAGUUGGGUUGAACGAACGUGCUUAUGGGGGGUUUCAUGAGUUGCACCGGCGAAACGGAAUGAUAUUUUAUGGGCUGUGGUGUUUUUCAAGAAACACGAUCAUGGUGAUCAUGGGGCUUUGGCGUUUUCUGCUUGUAAAUCAGACAUCGAUUCAGUCAUACAGACAUGACAUGAACAGAGCAGAAAGCGCAACAGAAGAUAGACGCUGAAUACAAUCACGUCAAACCAUCACA